CCUUCUUCUCUCCAAGCCCUCCUCCUCCCUCUAGCGCCGCCGCCGCCACCUCCCCGCGAGAGCUCCGGCCCCCAAACUCCCCCGCCGCAGCCAUGGCGCAGGAGUCGCUCAGCCUGGUCGGCACGAUGCGCGGCCACAACGACGUGGUGACCGCGAUCGCGGCGCCGAUCGACAACACGGCGUUCAUCGUCUCCUCCUCCCGCGACAAGUCGGUGCUGGUCUGGGACCUCACGAACCCGGCCCCGUCCCCCGCCGACGGCACCGUCGCCACCGACUACGGCGUCCCCUUCCGCCGCCUCACCGGCCACGGCCACUUCGUCCAGGACGUCGUCAUCAGCUCCGACGGCCAGUUCGCGCUCUCCGGAUCCUGGGACGGCGAGCUCCGCCUCUGGGACCUCUCCACCGGCCUCACCACCCGCCGCUUCGUCGGUCACACCAAGGACGUGAUCUCCGUCGCCUUCUCCGUCGACAACCGCCAGAUCGUAUCCGCGUCCCGCGACAACACCAUCAAGCUCUGGAACACCCUCGGUGAGUGCAAGUACACCAUCGGCGGGGACCUCGGCGGCGGCGAGGGCCACACCGGCUGGGUCUCGUGCGUCAGGUUCUCCCCCAACACGUUCCAGCCCACCAUUGUCUCCGGCUCCUGGGACAAGACCGUCAAGGUCUGGAACCUUACCAACUGCAAGCUGCGCAACACCCUCGCGGGCCACGGCGGCUAUGUCAAUGCCGUCGCUGUCAGCCCAGACGGCUCACUUUGCGCCUCCGGCGGCAAGGACGGCGUCACUCUGCUUUGGGACUUGGCUGAGGGCAAGAGGCUGUACCAGCUGGAGGCCGGCUCCAUCAUCCACUCGCUCUGCUUCUCGCCCAACCGCUACUGGCUCUGUGCUGCGACGGAGGACUCUGUCAAGAUCUGGGACCUGGAGUCCAAGCACGUUGUGCAGGACCUCAAGCCAGAAUUCCAGGUCUCCAAGAACCAGAUGCUUUACUGCACAAGCUUGUGCUGGAGCGCCGAUGGAAGCACACUCUACACUGGAUACACUGAUGGAACCAUCAGGGUCUUCAAGAUCUCUUCAGGGUACAACUACUCAGGCUAGAUUUACUCAGUGCUGCCGGGUUGCUUAGGAGUCUUGCUGGUCUAAAGAUUGUGAUGCCCGUCAAGUUUUUGACUGUUCUUAGGCAUACUUUCUGCCUGGUACUUUCAGCUUGAUUUACUGUUCUAUUUAUGCUUAGAUUUGUUGCUCAGCACAUUAUUAUCAGUACUAUGGAAGAGGAUCUGUUUCGGGCCAUGGUUUUGUUUUGACUGCUUUAAUAUACUGCUGCUCUUUAGCAAUGCAAAUGUUGAUCCCCUGAA